GAGUGCUGGUCCGGUGUUUCGAGCAUCAAUCGAUUUUCAACGUGCUCCCGUGCUUGUCACCUCCUCUCCAACGUACAACAUGAAGUGCAUCGCAGCUCUCGUCCUCCUCGGCCUGGUCGGCAUCGCCAUGGCGAAACCCCUGGACACCGAGUCGAUCGAGCAACCGGCGAAGGCUGAGCCGGCGGAAUUCGAAGCUGAGAACGCGGCCAGGAACAAACGGGGCUUGUUGGUGGGCGCGGCGUACACCGCACCCUUGGCUUACAGCGCCUACACCGCUCCCGUGGCAUACACGGCCCCGGCUGCCUACAGCUACCCUUACGCCGCCUACACCGGCUACCCUUACUACGCCGGAGCUUACUCGUCGCCGUACUACGUCGUCUAAGCAAUCCGAAAAGGGUCUCAGAGGGUCCGAAAAGGAUCUCCGAAGGGGGGACCCUCUCGCCUCGAUCUACACGACCGGACCGCCCACCUAAAACUUAAAAGCGACGACGACUGCGCCUCGACGUCUCGACGGCUCGUGGUAGAUCGCGAGCCGUCCAGAUCCGAUCGAGAUGCACGAACAACAACAAACCGCAACGCCGGAAACCGCAGCGUUCUUCCGAACCGGCGGCUAACACUAACAACUAGAUUCUAGGAAUUACGGAACGCGCGUCCAGCUCUAUUGUAUUAUGCUAAGAAGAGUAAUAAAACUUGUUGCGAACCGUA